GGCAAAGGAAAGAUAGAGAGAGUCUCGUUGCCUCGUUGAGAGUUGAAAACAAUGACGAAGAUGUCGAAUCUUCCAAGGGAUUUGGCGGAGGAGGUGCUCUCUAAGGUUCCACUGACAUCUCUGAGAAAGGUCCGAUCUACUUGCAAAGAGUGGAAGACUUUAUCCAAACGCAGGAGCUUUGCGAAGAAGCACCUUGGACAAGCAAGCGUAGGAGCAGCAUCACACAAGGUGGUCAUGAUGAUGGAUUUAAGAAUUUAUUUGAUGAGCAUCAAUCUUAACAACAAGAACGAUGAAUCAUGUAUCAAGCAUGAAGGUAAACUUAUUUCGGGUUCAGAUGAAGUCGAUGUCUCUCGAGUCUUUCACUGCGAUGGCUUAUUGCUAUUCAUCCCUAAAGACAGCACUAGGGUCGUCCUUUGUAACCCGUAUUCAGGGCAAACCCGGUUCAUCGAGUCCACUUUCUGUUUUCGCAACUGGUGGAACUAUUCAUAUGCUCUCGGGUACGAGAAGAGAAGCAGAUCGUGCAGUCGCAAGUACAAAGUCUUGCGGUUUAUCACUGUUACCGAUUUUGUUGAGUGCAAAAUCUACGACAUGAGCUCUGAUUCAUGGAGGUUUCUUGAUCCCCCUCGAGGCUGGAGGGUAGGCCACUACGACCGUGGCCUUUCUCUCAAGGGAUAUACAUACUGGUUUGCUAAUAAGAAGCGUUCGGACAAAAGCGAUGGAGACCGUAGUUUCUUAGUCUGUUUUGAUUUCACAAGAGAGAGAUUUGGGCCGCCUUUGCCUCUGCCUUUUGAGCCGUUUGAUGAAGAUACUGUGAGUCUAUCCAGUGUAAGAGAAGAACAGCUUGCGGUCUUGUUCCAGCGCUGGGAUUCGUUAGAGUUGGAGAUCUGGGUUACCACGAAGAUUGAGCCGGAGAGUGUGACGUGGAACACCAAGGUCUUCUUACAAGUGAACAUGAGCCUUCAGUUUCAGUUUCAGUUUCUACUUACUGCCGCCAGCUUCUUCAUUGAUGAGGAGAAGAAAGUAGCCGUGGUUUUCGAUAAAAACAAAGAACGUUCAUUAGUUAACCGCAACGUAGCUUACAUCAUUGGAGUGGAUGAAUCUUUGAGAGAAGCCGAUCUCGGAGAUUCUAAUGACAAAAAUUGCUAUCCACUGGCGUGCUCUUAUGUUCCAAGUCUGGCAAAACUUACUUAGUCCACCUAUGGUCUGUAUCUUUGCAUAUUUACUUGUUCUUGUUUUCUCUCUUGUCUAGUA